AUGCCUCCCACAAGCUCUAAUAAUGAUCUGAAAAGCCUUUUAACUCCAGUCUGCUCGCAGAAUGUCGUAGAUUUCUGGUUCGGACAUUUCGCCAAUGGUGAGGAGAUGAUCAUGCCUAGUCAAAAGGCUUACACGCGCUGGUUCAGCAGAGAUCCGGAAUUCGACCGUGCCUGUGUUGAGCAAUUCCAUCCCACCUUGGAAGGUAUUCGACAACGGAAUCUAUCAGCCGAUGAGCUUCUAGAAUUGACCAAUCCGGCAUCUUCUCUAGACUGGCUUGGAGUGAUUCUUCUGCUGGACCAGAUCACGCGGAAUUGCUAUCGGGGUUCGGAAUCAGCAGUCGUGUUCAAUGUCUUCGAUCCUCUAGCCAGGGAAAUUGCGCUUCGCGCAAUCAGCCGCCGCGAUGUGGUUGAGUCACCUGAAAUAAAGUUCUAUCUUGCCAGGAGAAUGUGGUUUGGACUACCGCUUAUGCACUCGGAGGAUUUGAAAACCCACCAGGCUGCUCUACGAUACUUUGAGUCCAUGUCUCAAGAAGUUGAGGAUUUGAUUAAUGACAUAGGAGAAUCGAUCACGUUGGCUGAGGACGGUAAAAAGGCUCGUGCUAUUUUUCAACAGCAGCCGGAGGCUGCAAGACAGUUGUUAGCCAAUCAGGUCAGCUUUGAAAAGAAGCAUCUGGUCAUCAUUGAAAAAUUCGGACGCUAUCCGCACAGAAAUGCAGCCUUGGGUCGCGAGCCAACAGCAGCGGAAAUUGAGUAUCUAGAAAAUGGAGGCGAAGUCUUUGGAUAA